CAUCAACAACGGGAAAUCACUGCAAUAACGGGCCUUUCUCAUACUCUUGUUAUACUGCAUAGUGUGAAUAUAGGCAAAAUUUUACAUUUUACCUACCGUCAUCGUAACUAAUUAGGAGAAAAGAUGCAAAUAUUCUUGUCCCAAGAGGUGAGCAUACAGAAACAAACAUACCCAGUUCACUUCCGGGUCACAGUGAGGAUUCAGCAAAGAUAAAGUUGAGCGUGAACACGUGUGUUGUACUGCAUGGUUUCGUAUUAUAAUUGAUCUGUUUCUAGGGAAGAAUUUUAAAAAAUGCCGAAGCGACAAUCAAAGAAGGGAGAUGUUACAAUAUCACCAGAAACUCUGGGGAAAAAAAAUCUAAAAAGUCCUGGUGCAACAAUGAAGUCUGAAAAAAAGGGGAUGAAACGGAAAUCGAGUAGUGCUUCAGCUGAAAAUAUUGACCAAAGUCGAAAGUUGACGAAUUUGAAAGACACUAAGAACAGAAAAAAUAAAACUCCAAGGCAGGACAAAAUGAAGGUGAUACCUAGUAAGAAAAGUCCCCUAAUAAAGACACCCGAGCGGGAUGGUGAGGAGGACGAUUCAAUGGUGAUUACCUUUCCAAAACUGGAGUCUUUGACUCCGAAAAUCAGUACAGAUCUCGCAGAUCCAAUGAGUUCUACUUCUAAAUCAAAGAAAAGGAAAGCAAAAAAAAAUGAUAAGUCAUUACCAGAAACACCUAAAGUCACACAAAAGAAGCAAAAAACUGCUCAGAAGAAUGCAGUCAAUGAGACUAAAGAGAAAACCAGGAAACAAAUUGAGUUGAGUUCUAUUAUACCUGGAAACGUCACGGUAGAAGAGGGCACGCCAGAUAACAUACUUGAGAGUCGUCUUGGUAACCAACAGAAAGAAAGCAAUACAAUGGGGACAUUGACAGAGGAAAAUAAAAUUCCAAACAGAAAAAAUGGAAAGAGACAGCUGACAACAGAGGAGAAUGUGCAAGAUAAAACUGCAUUAUCUGUCAAGAAACAAAAACUUGACACAAAGUACAGAGUAUUCUGCGGAAAUUUACCGCCUGGUACAACAGAGGAGAUCUUGGAAUUCUUCUUCGGAGAAUGUAAUAUCUACCCACAGUUCAGUCAUUAUGACUCAAGAGGGCAGAGACAACAUAAUGCUCGUUGGAGGAGAAAGAUACACGGAUCUGUCAUCUUGACUUGCGAUACUUUGAAAGAAGCUGAAGAGUUGAUAAAGCUGAAUGGAACAUUGAUGCCAUCACCGUUGAAUGGCCAAUUAGAAGUCCCGUUAACAAUCUAUCAUAAACCAGAUACUGUAUUUGACGAUUGCAAGAUGUUUAUUGGUAAACUUGGAGCAAAAGUGAACGAAAAAGAUAUCACUAUGUUCUUUGAAAGUCAUGAUAUUCAUCCAGAAAAAGUUUUGGUUAUUAAAAAUGAUAUGCAUGUUACAAAGAGAAAAAAAAAGUACCGAUUUGGAUUUGUUUGGCUAGCGAACUGUGAAGACGUUGAGAAAGCUGUCAAAUUAAGUGGCUCAGAAAUCAGAAAGAAGCCAGUUCUAAUAGAUGUUGCCCGCAACAGAGACAAGAAGAUUAAGACGAAUUAAUGGACAAACAUAAUUAUGUAUAAUAAAUUGGUCAAAAUAAAAAUUUGUCUUGAAAAA